ACACCGUCACGAACUUAUCCCUGUCAUUCGCAAUCCGGUUGGAACACACUGACAGAAGGCUGCCAACUCCCAAAUUUUCUAGGAUGGACGUGCCGUGCCUUUCUCGCCAAAUGGCUCAUCAUUCCAAGAUGCAGCGCCGUUUGCAAUGAUAGGUGCCUGCGGUGUGCGCGACCGGGGAGAAACAGGUUCUGUCUGCUAACCGUGCAUAUUUGAUUGACCAAAAAUAAAUCAGAAAGCUGGCCAUCUCGCGUUACGGUCAAUGACUAGUUGACUAGUCAUGGAGUGCAGAACACUGGAACUAGCAAAGUCCAUGCAUCAUCAAUUUACAUGCAACAAAGGUAUUUAGAAGCGGGGCGCUCGAGGAUACUCCAACAUAUAGUGCUGCCUUUCCUCCUUAUGCUCCUCAAGACUGCUGCUGCUGUGGUUGCCUACACUGCGUUUGUAGUCGGAAAUUACCUACCUCCAUGUCGAAUUUUACCUACAGACUCUUCGUGGCCCGCGCAAGGCGUAUGGGAUGCUUUCAACCGUUCGGUCGACGGCCGCCUCAUCAAAACUGUCCCGAUCGGUCAUCCUUGCCAUGAACCGGCAUUCGAUGAAGUACAAUGUGAUAUCGUUCGAAGCAAUUGGCGAAACCCCGCUUUUCAUGAACUUAGUCCAUCCUCCGUAAUGGAUCCUAUAUUUUUGAACAAGACUUGUGAUCCCUUCGAUCCAGGGAAUACCCCCUGCCGGAUUGGCGCAUACGUACAAUACGCAGUGAACGUUUCCUCACCCGACCAUAUCAUUCAAACCAUUCAGUUCGUGAAGAAACACAAUAUUCGGUUUGUUGUCAAGAAUACAGGUCAUGACUAUUUGGGGAGAUCUACAGGGACCGGAGCCAUAUCAAUCUGGACGCAUCACCUACAAGAUAUUACAUGGAUGCCCAGCUUCAAAGCUUAUUCUUACACAGGGCCGGCCUUCAAAGUUCAGGCGGGGGUGCUUACUAUCAACUUAGCUAGGGAAGCUAGUCGUAGAGGGGCUGUUGUAAUUGAUAGUGUGUGUCCGACUGUUGGCUUCGCGGGCGGAUAUAUUCAAGGCGGCGGUCAUUCUCUUUUGAGCUCGCUCUAUGGUUUAGCUGCCGACCAGACAUUAGAAUUUGAGGUAAUAACAACUCAAGGCGAAUUCGUUCGUGCCUCACCUACGAGGAACCGAGAUCUCUACUGGGCAUUGAGCGGCGGCGGUGGAGGUACUUAUGGGAUCGUAUGGUCUGUGACCGUUAAAGCCCACCACGAUCACCCGGUUACGAUCGCGUCGGUCAACUUCACAUUGGACGGUAUUACGCAGGAAGUUUUCUGGAAGGCCCUUGAUGCAUACCAAGCUAGCACACCGAACCUUACGAACGCUCAAAUAGGGGGUAUUGCACGCUACGACGCAAGUUUUUUUAGCCUGUAUCCAGUAUUUGCGGUGAACAAAACCUCUGCGGAAGUAACGACUCUCCUCCAGCCUCUUCUCGGUGCCUUAAAUAAACUCGGAGUCAAAUAUGUCACGGGAACCCAGCUGUUCAAUGGAUAUCUCGACGCGUAUACCUCCAUCGGCUUUAUGCAAGAUUUCGAGGUCGCAAAUGUCCUUGAAGGGUCUCGGCUGCUCCCGAGGUCGCUCUGGAAGGAUAGCGAGAAACUUAAGGGUGUUCAGACGACCAUUCGAUCUAUUGUGGAAGGCGGAACCAACGUGUUUGAUCUUUUCUUGAAGACCACACUCAAAGUUGCGGGCAACCCCGAAAACGCUGUCCUCCCUGCAUGGCGGGAGGCAGAGAGGCAUUUCAUAUUCACCCUCCCGUUGGUUGAUGGUGAACCUAUGGAGCAGGUGUUGAAGGACGAGGAGAGGGUAACAAGGGAGUUUAUGCCAGCUUUGAAAAGGAUCACACCAGGUUCAGGAUCUUACAAUAAUGAGGCUGAUGUAAAUGACCCCGAUUUCAAGAAGUCUUUCUAUGGCUCGAAUUACGAUAAAUUACUUGCUAUCAAGGAUAGAUGGGAUCCCGACCAGAUUUUGUAUGGCACCACCAUUGUCGGAGGGGAUCGAUGGCAUCAGACGACGGAAGGCAGGCUCUGUAGGACUCGAUAGACUGUCCAUGAUCAUGAAGAAGAUUUCGCUUUCUAUUCCAGAUACCCAGAUAUAUGACACUUGACGUACCAGUAGAUUCUUGUAUUUAUGCAAUCCUGUAGCUUAUUCUCCCCUCCCUAGUUUCUUAUUUCUAUUUAUUAGGUUUUAUCUUCAUACCUGUUAAACUUACGUAUAUUGUCUAUUUAACAGAAUAGAACGAGUACUGUCAUGGAA